AUGGCCACCACCGGCCUCGCCGUCCCCGUAAUCUAUACGAACGCCGCUGACGAGGUUCUCCCGGACAGUGGUUCAUUUCUCCUUUCUACAUCCAUAGGGCGAACAUCCACCUCUUUACAACUCUCCUUUCUUUCAACCACCGCCUACAUCUCCUCUGCCUCCACUACCUUCACUUUCAUCCUCCUCUUCCUUGCUCCCGACCCAAGUUCUGUAUAUCCCCUCUGA